GAUCAGGCACAACGCCCGUGAGGUGUAGCACUGAUAUUACGGUACUGCAGUCUGUAGCGUAGGUAUCUCCAGAUCACCUGUUUGUCCGCUUCCCAUACUAGGCACUAGCGCGGUGGCCGUGGGCGCAAUCUGUUUCUUUCCCUCGCACGCCACCGCACUCACUGCGCUCAGUCUUGACUACUUGAGUGCUAGUGUCCGAGCAAGUAGAAGCUGUUGUAGUCGGAUUCACGUCAGCAGCACCCGAGUGUAGGGCCUGUUUGUAUAGGGGGACUAGAAAGCGCUAGCGAAACUCAGUCAAAAAAGGCACGCAGGUGGUGUUACUGGUCACCGCCAGCUUUGCACUGACCACAGAGCCCCGUUUCACAGAGAACUUGAGGUGCACUCACUGCAACGCGGAAAGCCAUGUCGGACUCAAAGGACGCACCGCCUGCGUACCCGGCUGGCGCCAAACUGCCGACAGCGCAACCGACUGCAUCAAGUGGAGGCGGCGGUGACCCACCCGCAUACGUCGCCCAGCCAGUCACAGUUGUGUACCAGCAGCAGCAGCAAUUGCCGGGAUUCAAUUUAGGCCUGGACUAUGAGCGAAACCAGGAAAGAACGGUCAAGUACCUGCGUUACAUUCCGGCAUUCCACAUCUGUCCCGUCAUCCUCUUCCUGAGCAUCAACUGCGUCAUUCCCGGAAUCGGUACGAUGCUCAGUUGCUUCUUCUUGCCAUGCGGCAACACAGUGAUGAAGGGAGACAGCAUGGGGAAGAUCCUCUGCAUCACAUUCUGGUUCGGCCUUGUGCAGCUCAUUACCUGUCCUAUUGUGGUGGGGUACUUCCUGGCCAUCUUCUGGAGUUACGGAACGCUAUUCACUUUCCGUCUCUACUACCAGCGGCAGCUAGACGAGAGUGAAAUACAGCAGCUGGUGACGUCAGCAUAGUUGCCCAACAAACACACGCUCACAUUCGCGCUCCAGAGCCCUAUCAAUCUCCAGCUUUCUUGUCCACGUUUGUUGGCCUGCGUAGCAUGCUGCUUAUUUUUAUAUUUUUCCAAAUGACCCCAUUUUAAUACCGUCUUUGUAAAGUCACAUAAUUAUUUCGCGCACAUGUUGCGCUCCGUUGAAGCUGCCCUUCAUGCAUUUCUGCGUGAAUUUGUUCAGGAUUGGACUGAUUGGUGGAGUUGGCAUGUGUAUUUCUUUGUCCAGACAGUGUGUGUGUUUUGCUGCUGCCGGGUGUGUGUUAGCCAGGACUUUUUUAACAGUUGUGUUUACGUGCUUCUCGUGAUGCAAAGGAAUAUUCGCAUACUCAGAAUAUUCUAGAAUACCGACACCAGGAAGAAUACUCGAAUGCAGGCUGUAACAUUCGAAUAUUCUAUUGUUCGAAAGGUCGUGCUGUGUUGCUGUAUUAUGCAGCUCCGACCAUGACCUCCUCUGUAGUGUUGAAGAUGUGAGGGAAGAAAUUAUGUUCUGAGAACUGUGAAGCUUGUUCUUUGGUCGAAUUUUCUCUUUCAGUAGUGCAUAUUGACUGUCCCGAGUCGUAAUAUGUAGACAACAUGACUGUUGGAUCUGA